GGACAGUUUGUCGAACUUUUAUUCUGAAAAUAGGCAUUUGGUGCAUCCAGACUUUAAGCUUCUUUACGCACAUAAUUCUUCAGGUUUUUGACGCAAAUUUGGUUUGAUUUGGUCGAUUCAUCACAACGCAGACACGCACUGCAGUUGUUACCCAUGGAUUAGAGAAGAAGACAGAUGGUUAUCUUACUAUUUUCUGAUAGUUUUGUGUUGUUUUCAUCGAAUACGAGGCCGGGUCGAAUUGUUUGGUGUUGGCUUGGGGGCGUACCCUUGACGCACGGAAACCGACGCCACGGACCUGGAUAUAUACCGCAGCCCUUGGCCGUUACAGACACAUCUUCUCCGAUUUCUGUCUCGGACACUUCUCUGGCACAAAGACGACGCUGAAAAUGUCUCCAAACAUGGCUUGUGAAGCUCUGCAGUCUUUUUCUCCGAGGCUAACUAUGGCCAAAAGAAAAGAGGCUCUUGAGCUCAGAAAGACUAUGAAGCCUUUGAUGGAAAAAAGAAGGCGCGCCCGUAUCAACGACAGCCUGAACCGUUUGAAAAAUCUCAUCCUUCCCCUCACAGGCAGAGAUAAGACUCGCUACUCCAAGCUUGAGAAAGCCGACAUCCUGGAGAUGACAGUGAGGUUCCUCAGUGAUGCUCCCCCAGUGAACACUAAAAAUUCCGCAGACAGUUACAGAGAAGGCUACAAAGCCUGCCUCCAGCGCGUCUCCGCUCUGCUUCCCCAAACGAGCCUGGAUCAAGACGCGUGCCAGCGGGUGAAAGACUUCAUCCAGCAAUCCUUGUCCUCCACCGUCACCCCAACCUGCCUGAACUGCUGCGCUCAAAGCUCUAGGACUUUCCCUGCGAUCCAACAGAGACUCCUGAGCCUCAAAUCCAGCUUCAGCUCCAGACUGGAGAGCCAGUCCCGCAGCAGCAGCGGCGCAGUGGCUCCCAUCCGAGAGCAGCCAUUCCCACAGGCGGUGAACGCUGCCAUGUGGAGACCUUGGUAGAUUUGCUAUGUUGAAUUUGCCGAAUCUAUCAAAAGCUUGUGAGAAGACUGUAAGGUGUUUCAUAUGUACACAACAUAUCUUGAAAACGUCACUUGUAAAUAUGCACAGUGAUUCACUGCUGAUGAAAAGCCAGAGUUCAUCGUUUAAAUCGUACUGAUUGAGUAUUAUAUACUUACGUUUUGCGCACGAGUCUGUUGUCCUGUAUAAGUUGACAAGUUUAGACAGUCGUAUUUUUUUAAAUCUGCAUGUAUGUAUCCGUUAAAUAUUUAGUCCUCUUUGCGGACUAAGUGAUUAAGGGCUAUUGAAACAGCCCAGUAAGACCCAAAGGGUCAGUGUGUAUGCAUUUGCACGAUAGACUUCAAUGUGCUGAGUCUGUGCAGAUGAACUUUGUAGACACAUUUUGUGUCAGUGCAAGUAUAUCUGUUGGGAUGUGUUUUAUCUUUGCUAUUUACAGCAAAUGGUGUAUAUAUGUUA